AUGGUUAUGAUAACAGUAAAUGAAACUGUUAUUAAAACCACACGAACUUUUUCUAAAGUGAAUAAUGCACUUGCAAAGAAAAUGAUCUGGAAACAUAAAAACAAAUCGAAUGUCUACCGUCUGGAAAUAGACCCAAAAUGUCUUCCACGGUCACUGUUGAACAGCUGCACACCCGGGGGCCGCAGGGGCUCCCGAGGACCCGUCCCCGUCGUCCGGGGCGCACAGCUGCCUCAGCCCGGCCCUCAGAGCCUCUGGGCGGCGGGCGCGGCGCGGCAGCAGCACCCGCACCUGCCCCGCGCCCUGCGGCAGCCCCGGCGAGCCGAGCGGCUCUCACCCACCUGGCGCCGCGCCUCCCGCACGUCACGGCGCGACCCCGCGCUCCUCGGCACCCGCAGCGCGCGCGCGCGGACGGGUGCGGGAGACCCUGCUCGGCCGCCGCCGCCGCCGCCGCCGCGUCGGUCGUCAGGCGGCCGCCGGCGAACCUGUUGCGCAGCCUGUCAAGGGCGCUCGCCUCUGCCGGCGCCGCCUCAGCCCCACAACAACAUGGCGGCCGCGGCCUCCGCAGGAAGCCGGGGGGCGGGGAGGCAGGCGACGGGCCGGGCAGCUGACGGCCCGCCCGCCGGGCACCUACUCCCACCCUCGGGAGCCCGAAGCUGCCCGGGCGCGGCCGCUCACCCCGGGAUCCCCGGGACCCCGGACCCCGUGGGCUUACUCCGAAGCGCUCCUCUCGGCCCUCGGGGAGGCCGACGCUCCGGACCCGGCAGGCAGUCUUGGAGCUGCGACGACCCACCUGACUCCUCCCAGAGAUAGAAGAGAAUAGAUGAGUGACAGUGGUCUUGUGUGUGUGAAGAACUAAAGUGGAAGUCAGCCUAGGAACCCAAAUGAAGAGCAGGCCUGGAGGAAGGUAAGGUCCAGGAAAAGGCCCCA